AUGACUGUCGUCACAUGCGGAUCAUGUCUUCUAUUCAACAUUCAACAUCUACAUGCGAGAGCUCCCACUCCCCGGGCACUCGCGCAAGUGGUAUCGUACGCGGAAGAUGUUACGUUUUUCUGCCGGCACUAUCACAUUGAUCAGGCUGCGCAGCUCCUCACGGAGUUCAUACCUGAUGUCGACAACUUCUUCACCCAGCGCGGAAUGACGAUCUCGGCAGCCAAGCCGUCCGUCACUGUUUUCACGCUGGAUCCGAAGGAGUUCAAUCAUCACCCGGCCAUCAUCGUCAACGGUGCGUCUUUGCCACUCGUCCGUAAGCCCAAGCUCCUUGGCGUGCGUUUCGACCCGCUUUUCACGUUCGCGGAUUAUAAAUAA